UCUUCAACACCACACACCACCACACCAGCUCCAUCACUGCCAAGAAAGCAAUUCUCAGGAAAGGAUCUGCAGCCAGAAGAUAGAAGAAUUUCUUUCAUUGCAAAGGGGAGACAUGUCUUUUGAAGUGAAGGAGAAGACGGAGGUGCGCCUGGUGUUUUUGGGAGCAGGUGGAGUUGGGAAGACAGCCCUCAUCCAGCGUUUUCUCAAAGACACCUUUGAGCCAAAGCACCGGUGCACCGUGGAGGAUCUGCACAGGAAGGAAUAUGAGGUGGAAGGCGUCAAAGUCACCAUCGACAUCACGGACACCAGCGGCAGCUACUCCUUCCCCGCCAUGCGAAGGCUCUCCAUCCAGAACAGCGACGCCUUCGCGCUGGUCUAUGCCGUGGAUGACCCCAACUCCCUGGAAGCAGUCAAGAGGUUACGGCAGGAGAUCCUGGAGGUCAAAGAGGACAAGUACACCCCCAUCGUGGUCAUCGGCAACAAGAUCGACCGCUACAACGAGCGCCAGGUGUCCAUCAAGGACGUUCUCUCUACAGUGGAGCUGGACUGGAACCACAGCUUCUUGGAGUCGUCGGCCAAAGACAACGUCAACGUGCUGGAGGUUUUCAGGGAGCUGCUGCAGCAGGCCAACCUGCCCAGCCGGCUCAGUCCGGCACUGUUCCGGAGAAGGGAAACCUUCCCGAAGGAGAACAACAAACGACCGCCCAUGAACAAGACCAACAGCUGCGUUAUCUCAUAGUGAUGGAGAGUAAAAACUGUCCAAAAGAGAUGUUGCGCGGCGGGGACAGAAACUCACCAAGAGACUGUUAAAUGUGUUCAAGCAUCGCAGCAGUGCUCAAAGCAGCACUGAAGGCACAGAGAUGCUACAUCAAGAACUGAUUUGUAGUGAUGAACUUUAAGACAAGGAUGAAUGUGGCUAAACUUGACACCAAUUACUGUGAAUAUCAAAAAUGUAAGAAAUGAUGACAGCUCAGUUUUUUUUAAUAGAAAUCUCCUGUAUAUGUGUAAUGUUUUAUUUUUAGGGGGGUUCUGUGUAACUGCUGUUAAAGAAGAAGUUUAGUACUGAUGAAAUACUUGGUAUAAUUGCAGAAGUGUUUUUGUGUGUAUAUAUACAUAUAUGAUGGGUUUAUGGAUCAAGUGAACAACAGAAGAAGAACUUAAACUGAAGAAUUCAUAUUUUUUCUGGUUUGCAGAAAACUCAUUAAACAUUUGGCAUUAACAUGUCAUUUUAAGUACA